AUGGCAUUGAGUGGAAACUGUAGGACUAACCCUACGUCAAAAGAACAAGGAUCAAUUCAGAAUAGUUUCCCAGAUGUUGUAGAAUUAAAUGUCGGGGGACAGGUGUAUUACACGCGUCAUGCAACGUUAGUAAGCACCCCAAAUUCCUUGCUGGGCAAAAUAUUCUCACCUAAGAAGGAUGCCACUAAUGAUUUGGCGCGGGACCCUAAGGGACGCUAUUUUAUCGACAGAGAUGGAUUUCUAUUUCGAUAUGUGUUGGACUACCUCAGAGACAAACAAGUUGUACUGCCCGACCAUUUUCCAGAGAAGGGGAGGCUCAGGAAAGAGGCGGAGUACUUCCAGUUGCCAGACUUGGUCAAACUAUUGACGCCGGAUGAUUUAAAACACAGCCCAGACGAAUACUUCCACAGUGAUUUUGAAGAUGGUUCUCAAGGCAGCGACCACAAGAUGUGUCCGCCGUCGUCACUCGUUCCGGCAGACAGAAAAAGUGGAUUUAUUACGGUUGGGUACAGGGGCUCUUGUACAAUAGGCAGAGAGAGUCAAACCGACUCCAAAUUCAGAAGGGUCCCGCGGAUUUUGAUUUGUGGGAGGGUUGCGUUAGCCAAGGAAGUCUUUGGGGAGACCUUGAACGAGAGUCGAGAUCCGGACAGGACACCGGAUCGAUAUACUUCCAGGUUUUACCUGAAGUUCAAACACCUUGAGAGAUCAUUUGACAUGCUGUCCGAGUGUGGUUUCCAGAUGGUUGCCUGUAACUCUUCAGUCACAGCGUCAUCCGUGAAUCAACACACAGAAGACAAGAUCUGGUCAAGUUACACUGAAUACAUCUUCUAUCGUAAGUGGCUUUCGUUUUUACCAGCGGCAGCAAUGGUGAACGGAGGUAGGUCAGUGUCAUUCGUAGUUAGAUGGUCCAGUCUCUGCCUAGUCCCCAGCAGCUCUCUGAACGAGUCUGGCAGUGCAGCUCGGAACCCCUCCACCACCUACUGCAGCAGCCUGGUUGACUUUAUGGAGGAAGCCUCCACCAUGUCGCUGCCAUAUUUCCACCCAGACUCUUCUUGCAGGUCACCCAACUUAGGAAACCCCACUCUCAUAAGCCUGGCCCGCAAGCUGACAGAGGUCUGGAUGAGUGGAUUGUGA